GCAAGUAGGGGAAAACAAUUCUUAAUUGUUGGUACCAAAAAUAAAGCAGCUGAUUCAGUAGCCGGGGCAGCAAUAAAGGCUCGGUGUCAUUAUGUUAAUAAAAAAUGGCUUGGUGGUAUGUUAACGAAUUGGUAUACUACAGAAACGAGGCUUCAUAAGUUCAGAGACUUGAGAACGGAACAAAAGACGGGCAGACUCAACCGUCUUCCGAAAAGAGAUGCGGCUGUGUUGAAGAGACAACUAUCUCAUUUGCAAACAUAUUUGGGCGGGAUUAAAUAUAUGACGGGGUUACCUGAUAUUGUAAUAAUUGUUGAUCAGCAAGAAGAAUAUACGGCUCUUCGAGAAUGUAUCACUUUGGGAAUUCCAACGAUUUGUUUAAUCGAUACAAAUUGUGACCCGGAUUUAGCAGAUAUUUCGAUUCCAGCGAAUGAUGACGCUAUAGCUUCAAUCCGAUUAAUUCUUAACAAAUUAGUAUUUGCGAUUUGUGAGGGUCGUUCUAGCUAUAUACGAAAUUCUUGAUUAAUAAUAAGAUAAGGAAAUAAGGAAAUUAUUUUGGGAACUCCAUAUAAUAUAGAUUUAUUGAACCGGUUACUAUAUCCUGAAUCGCACAAAAGAGAUAAAAAUAACUGAGGCUUUGAUGUGAUUAGUUGAUAUUCAAAAUAGACAAUUCCUGUGGGCGAGUCGAAAAAGAGCUAGGUGAAUCAAAAUAAUUUCUUUUAAAGUUCGAUUUCUUUCAGAGGGUAAUAUGAAUUUUUUAUUAUGUUCCAUCAACACACUAAAAGUGUUAUACGAUAUAUCCGGCGUGGAAGUAGGCCAGCAUUUUUAUUGGCAAAUAGGAGGUUUUCAAGUCCAUGCCCAAGUACUUAUUACUUCUUGGGUUGUAAUUGCUAUCUUAUUAGGUUCGGCCAUUCUAGCUGUUCGUAAUCCACAAACUAUUCCUACAGACGGUCAGAAUUUUUUUGAAUAUGUUCUUGAAUUCAUUCGAGACGUGAGCAAAACUCAGAUUGGAGAAGAAUAUGGCCCAUGGGUUCCAUUUAUUGGAACUCUGUUUUUAUUUAUUUUUGUUUCGAAUUGGUCAGGGGCUCUUUUACCUUGGAAAAUCAUAGAGUUACCUCAUGGUGAGUUAGCCGCACCCACAAAUGAUAUAAAUACUACCGUUGCUUUAGCUUUACUCACGUCAGUAGCAUAUUUCUAUGCGGGCCUUAGCAAAAAAGGAUUGGGGUAUUUUGGUAAAUACAUUCAACCAACUCCAAUCCUUUUACCCAUUAACAUCUUAGAAGAUUUCACAAAACCCUUAUCACUUAGUUUUCGACUUUUCGGAAAUAUAUUAGCUGAUGAAUUAGUAGUUGUUGUUCUUGUUUCUUUAGUACCUUUAGUGGUUCCUAUACCUGUCAUGUUCCUGGGAUUAUUUACAAGUGGUAUUCAAGCUCUUAUUUUUGCAACUUUAGCUGCGGCUUAUAUAGGAGAAUCCAUGGAAGGUCAUCAUUGACUAGUUUUCGCCAUAGUCUUUUUUUAGCUUAGCCUGACACAAUGCAUACGCGUCGCAAGGGAAUCCACUUAGGCUUAGGGAAGAUAAGAGUUUACAAAAAAGGAAUAAAAAAAAUAAAAAGAAACAAAGGGGAUUUAUUAGCGAAGGAGGGGGGGAUCGAACUAGGUGUAUGUAAUCUACUCGCUAUAAGACAAUUUUUGUGGAUGUUUCAAAGAAUGAUUCUAGAAUCCGAAUGAAUCUAAGAAACGAAUAGUUGGUUUACGUUAUAGGGGAAAAACAUGUAUAUGUAAUAUUAUAUAUUAACUAGGUAUAUAUGAACUAAAAAUAUAUCUUAUUUGGACUACUUUGGACUACUAGUGUUAUCUAGGAAUUCCGACGAAAGUCUUUCUCUUUCGUCUGUAAUUUUGAUUUAAAUAUUGAAUGAAGUGAAAUCACGAAUUAAAGAACAAAGAAUUCAAAGAAUGAUUCCGAAGAAAAAAGAAAGAAAUGGAAGAACAAGAGUGGUACGGAUUCACAAAAUUACGUGGAUAAGAACUAAAAAAAAAAAGAGAUAUUGAAGUAGUUCUGAUAAUUCACGAAUAUUUUUAUUUUAUUUCAAUUCAGGGUUCUUAGUUACUUUAAACUGAAUAAAUUUGAGCGAUGGGAUAAGUAAGUCAUAAUUCAUUGGUUGAUUGUAUCAUUAACUAUUUCUUUAUUUUUUUGUUUUGGUGCGAGGGACUUAUCAUGAAUCCAAUUAUUUCUGCCGCUUCCGUUAUUGCUGCUGGAUUGGCCGUAGGGCUUGCUUCUAUUGGACCAGGAGUUGGUCAAGGUACUGCAGCGGGACAAGCUGUGGAAGGGAUUGCGAGACAACCAGAGGCAGAGGGAAAAAUACGAGGUACUUUAUUGCUUAGUCUGGCUUUUAUGGAAGCUUUAACAAUUUAUGGACUGGUUGUAGCAUUAGCACUUUUAUUUGCGAAUCCUUUUGUUUAAUCUUACAAAGAAAAA